CCCGAUCCGGGUCGCAGCAGGAAGCGGAAGUGGAGGCCGGUAGCCCUGUAGCAGCUCAGCAACGUAAGGGGGGCGUCAAGUGAUACAGUCUGCUGACUCCGGUAGGGAAGGCCGCGGCGGUGGCGUUUCCGGAACCUCGAUUGCCCGGGUGAACCGAGCCCCGCAGUCCUCGUCAGAAUGUCGGGCAAAGACCGGAUCGAAAUCUUCCCCUCCAGAAUGGCGCAGACCAUCAUGAAGGCCCGAUUGAAAGGAGCCCAGACUGGCCGAAACCUCCUGAAGAAAAAAUCUGAUGCCUUAACUCUUCGAUUUCGACAGAUCUUAAAGAAGAUAAUAGAGACUAAAAUGCUGAUGGGUGAAGUGAUGAGAGAAGCUGCCUUUUCCCUGGCAGAGGCCAAGUUCACAGCAGGGGACUUCAGCACCACAGUUAUCCAAAAUGUAAAUAAAGCCCAAGUGAAGAUUCGAGCAAAGAAAGAUAAUGUAGCAGGUGUCACCUUGCCAGUAUUUGAACAUUACCAUGAAGGAACUGACAGUUAUGAACUGACUGGUUUAGCCAGAGGUGGGGAGCAGUUGGCCAAACUAAAGAGGAAUUAUGCCAAAGCAGUGGAACUACUGGUGGAACUAGCCUCACUGCAGACUUCCUUUGUUACUCUGGAUGAAGCUAUUAAAGUAACCAACAGGCGUGUAAAUGCCAUUGAACAUGUCAUCAUUCCCCGGAUUGAACGUACCCUUGCUUAUAUCAUCACAGAGCUGGAUGAGAGAGAACGAGAAGAGUUCUAUAGGUUAAAAAAAAUUCAAGAGAAGAAAAAGAUCCUCAAGGAAAAAGGUGAGAAGGACUUGGAGAAGCGGAGGGCAGCUGGAGAGGUGAUGGAACCUGCCAACCUUCUGGCUGAGGAGAAGGACGAGGACCUUCUGUUCGAAUAGUUUUUCCUGUUCUGCUUCUUUCAGAAUCCCCACCACUGGCUCCAUUUAAUUGUGUGUAGGCUUGGUAUGUGUGGCUAUUUAUUUUUUGGUGCAAGAAUUUCAUUGGUUGUAAAUUUAUCAGGAUGCCCUAUGGGACUGUUUUGCUGUAUUAGAAUUCAGCAGCCAUCAUCACAGGUGAAUGAGAUUUGUAAAACCUGCUCAGUAACUUCAGAAUUUCCCCUGCAGAAAUGUCAUAUAUCCCACUGACAGUAGUUAUGCUGGUCUGUUUAACAUUUUAGGAAAUGCUUCUUAGGAAACAUUAGUGGUCUCACGCCAACUACUGUGGAGCAGCCUUCAUUCCUACCUGCUUGUAAACCUUGACGCUGUUAUCUGAGGUGCCGCAGCCCUCCUUGUGUUACUGUGGUCUGUGUCCUCGGCUUUAUAAAAACCAUCAUUUAUUUUUCUUUGCACAAUAGGUCUAUGAUGGAAGCAGCUUUGCCAGUUCAAAUUGUUAUAAACAGAGUAAAAUGAUUUAAAAAACAA